CUGCCGACUCGUCUACCACACGCCGAGUCUGUGGCGGCCCACUGCGCCACCGAAAGUGCCAGUCCUCCGUCGCCUCCCAUCUCUCCACCGGGGGUUGUGGCGGUAGGCAAGGGCCGUAUGAAGAUGGGCACCCCAGGAGAGGAGUGCUGUGACGAAGAGUUGGGAGUCACCACGGAGCAGUUGUCUUCGACUGGAAAAACAAAACAAAAUGACAACAACAACAAUGAAGGGGUCUCGAUGAUUAGGAGAAGGCAAAUAUGCAGGCUGAGAAGUAGAACCUUAGAUUCGCCUCGAUCGUUCAAGGCGAAGGAGGGACGGAUAAGCGAAUUUUCUAUUAAUUUCAAUCGAGUAUUACACACACACUCUUCCGAAUCCUCUUGGUUCAACCUUUACUCGUUGAUUAGGUUGUAA